AUGGAGAUGGAGGCAGCUCGCCAUGAGCACCAGGUCAUGCUAAUGAGGCAGGAUUUGAUGAGGCGCCAGGAAGAACUUAGGAGAAUGGAAGAGUUGCAUAACCAAGAAGUCCAAAAACGAAAGCAGCUGGAGCUCAGGCAGCAGGAGGAACGCAGGCGCCAUGAGAAAGAAAUGCGGCCACAACAAGAAAUGAUGCGGCGACAGCAGGAAGGAUUCAAGGGAACCUUCCCUGAUGCGAGAGAGCAAGAGAUACGAAUGGGCCAGAUGGCUAUGGGAGGUGCUAUGGGCAUAAACAACAGAGGUGCAUUGCCCCCUGCUCCUGUGCCAGCUGGUACCCCAGCUCCUCCAGGACCUGCUACUAUGAUGCCAGAUGGAACCUUGGGACUGACCCCUCCAACAACUGAACGCUUUGGCCAAGCUGCUACAAUGGAAGGAAUUGGGGCAAUUGGUGGAACGCCUCCUGCUUUCAAUCGUGCCGCUCCUGGAGCUGAAUUUGCUCCAAACAAACGUCGCCGAUACUAA